AUGAAGCUGCAGCUACUGUCUGACUUCAGGCUGGUCACGCGAAAGGGCCUGUGGUUCCGACUGAGGAAGAUACUUCUCUGUGUUCUGGGAUUGUAUGUUGCCAUUCCAUUUCUCAUCAAACUAUGUCCUGGGAUACAGGCCAAACUGAUUUUCUUGAAUUUCGUGAGGGUUCCCUAUUUCAUUGACUUGAAAAAACCACAGGAUCAAGGUUUGAAUCACACGUGUAAUUACUACCUCCAGCCAGAGGAAGACGUGACCAUUGGAGUCUGGCACACUGUCCCUGCUGUCUGGUGGAAGGAUGCCCAAGGAAAGGACCAGAUGUGGUACGAGGAUGCCUUGGCUUCCAGCCACCCUAUCAUCCUGUACCUGCAUGGGAAUGCAGGCACAAGAGGAGGCGACCACCGGGUGGAACUUUACAAGGUGCUGAGUUCCCUUGGUUACCACGUGGUCACCUUUGACUACAGAGGUUGGGGUGACUCAGUAGGAACACCAUCGGAGCGAGGCAUGACAUAUGACGCGCUCCAUGUUUUUGACUGGAUCAAAGCAAGAAGUGGAGACAACCCCCUGUAUAUCUGGGGUCAUUCGCUAGGCACUGGAGUGGCGACAAAUCUGGUGCGGCGCCUCUGUGAGCGAGAGACACCUCCGGAUGCGCUUAUAUUGGAAUCUCCGUUCACUAAUAUACGUGAAGAAGCUAAGAGCCAUCCAUUCUCAGUGAUUUAUCGAUACUUCCCUGGGUUUGACUGGUUCUUCCUCGACCCCAUUACAAGCAGUGGAAUUAAAUUUGCAAAUGAUGAAAAUGUGAAGCACAUCUCCUGCUCUCUGCUCAUCCUGCAUGCUGAGGACGACCCGGUCGUGCCCUUCCAGCUUGGCAGAAAGCUCUACAACAUCGCUGCUCCAUCUCGAAGCUUUCGAGACUUCAAAGUUCAAUUUAUCCCCUUUCACUCAGACCUCGGCUACAGGCACAAGUAUAUCUACAGGAGCCCCGAGCUGCCACGGAUCCUGAGGGAAUUCCUGGGCAAGUCAGAACCUGGGCGCCAGCACUGAGUCCUGCUGCCUGAGGGAGCAUGAAGACCUCUGCCCUCCUCCCCUUUGCUCUGGCCAGCCUGGCACCCUGGAGCCCAGGGUGCCAGCGUCUUCAGUGCCCCCGGAGAGAGGACUCAGAUGCCAGCUGGGGCUGGCAGAGGAGGCCCGGCAGACCUGAGGCACCUGCCUUGGGUGGCUGGGAGCAUGGAUCUUCGUGGAAAACACAGGUUGCAGGCAUGGGAUCCCCUCUCCCUGUUGUUGCCAUUCAACCCAAGCUCUUGUUGGGAAGACAGUGACAGCAGGCCAGCCGCCAGCUGGUCGAUCCCACACUUGCUGAGCUGGGCACGGAGGGCCCGGCCAGGGACAGGAGGUGUGGGGUCUCGGGACCACACUGAGCUUUCCAGCACCACUGGUGAGAUCGCAGCGAGAUGGGUUCUGUCCCUUCCUGGCACACGCAGAAUGGACUCUAGUGGCUCCACCAGCCCCUCCCACCCGGAGCAUCCUGCUUGCCUACCUUGGUGGUCCCUGCCUCCCCAGGCGGGCCCCCCACUGCUCACCGCGGGGGAGGUGCCCAUGAUCUGCACUUCCUCCACCUUCUGCCCACCUGUCCGCCUAACCUGGCCUUAGACUGAGCAUUUAUUUAAGAAUAAAACCGUAGUGGUGUUC